UAUUUGGUCUGACAAAAUAGAAGCAAUUACCUACAUUGUUACAGCAUCUAAAGACUUGGAUUCUGGUUUCUAACUUUUCUAACUGUUUCACACAACGCAUACACUAUCAACAGGAAGUUGGCUAUAUAUAUAUACACAUGGAGUUCAUAUUACGAAUCCCUCAAUCUCAGCUAACUCUCUUUGAAUUUCCAUUGGAGAACUCCAAGAGUCAACACGAAGAAAGAACAGUACCCUUUUCCUUUGACAAUAUAGCAAUGGCGGGGCAAAGUUACGAACAGCGAAAGACAGGAACGGAGUCAGCUGCAGAGGCAUCCAAGGAGCUGAAGCGAAAGAAACGCAUGAAAUUGGUGGUAUACGCAGCAGCUUUCGCCAUUUUCCAGACUAUUGUCAUCUUGGUUUUUUCACUUACAGUGAUGCGUAUCAAGAACCCCAAGUUCAGGCUCACCUCUGUCACCGUCGAGGAUCUCACGGCAGCCCCCACCCCUGUUUCCUUCAACAUGAAACUCAGCGCCCAAGUUGCUGUCAAGAACACAAAUUUCGGCCACUUCAAAUUCGACAACACCACCAUUUGGUUCGAUUACGGGGGAGUUGGAGUUGGGGAAGCAAUUGUUGCAAGAGGAAGAAGUAAGGCAAGAUCCACAAAGAAGAUGAAUGUGACAGUGGAAUUGAACUCAAACAAUAUACCCAAUAAUUCAAGCUUGGAAAAUGAUAUUAAAGCAGGGUUUGUGGCACUGACAUGCCAUUCCAAAUUGAGUGGGAAAGUGCAGUUGAUGAAAUUGAUCAAGAAAAAGAAAUCUGCAGAAAUGAGUUGCGCCAUGCUACUCAACAUGGAGACCAGAGUUGUCCAAGACAUCAACUGCCAAUGA